AUGGCCACCGCGAACGACGAGGUGCAACCUCUGGUGCAACCCGCUGCGGACGCCAAGUCGUCGCCAAUAGCCGAGAAUCAUAACCACAACAACAAGAUUCGCAAGAGGAUCGUGACCGCGGAAUCCGGUGAGAAAUUCGCAGCGACGGAUAUAAAUUUCGUGAGCAAAGACAAUGGUGUGAUUGAGUCACGCGAUAGUGUAGCGCUGGUGACGCUGUCCGAUUCUACGAAAGCGUGGUAUGACGAUGACGCGCCGCGAAUACCUGACAUCGCUGACGUGGUCGUAUCCGAUAAACAAAACAAGGUGUCGAUUCGUGACGGAAACGAUCACGAUUCGGAUGACAGCGAUGGAACUGUGACCGAGACGGACGGUCUGCUAAUGAGUCGCGAGAAGACCAAAAUAAGCGUUAUCCGCGGCAGCAUUGCCAAUCCGAAUCUCACCCUGGGUGAGCUGAGACGACUCGGCUGCAGCAGCGAAGGCUUCGUUACUGAUGAUAUACGAAGGGUUCUGUGGCCAAGACUCUUGAGACUAGUGCAAGAGGAAUUUAUACCAGUCAAUGGAUUAGAAACUAUACAUACUUGUAUACCAAACGAAGUAUAUCAACAGAUAUUGAAAGAUGUAGCACGUAGCGGCAGCCACAUCUCACAGAAUGCAACAGAAGAAGAAACUGAGAGUUUUCAAGAACAGCUGACACAACUGAUGUGUUGGGUACUUCACAGGCAUUCCCGAUUAAAUUACUACCAGGGAUACAAUGAUGUAGCAGCGACUGUAUUACUUGUGAUGGGAUUACAAGCAGGCUUGUAUGUGCUUGAAAGAAUAUCACUAGCAUUCUUAGAAAGAUUCAUGGAAGAAACCAUGGAAAAAGUUAAUCAGGAAUUAUUUUACAUAUUUGCGUUGUUGGAGCGAGUACAUCCAAAUUUACUGGAACAUUUAGAGAAUGUAGAAUUGUUCCCACAUUUUGCCCUGGCUGAAUACACAACAUGGUAUGCACACAAGUAUGCGGAAAAUAGAAAGUUAUUACACAGAUUAUUUGAUUAUUUUCUUGGCAGUCCUCCCCUUAUGCCUCUCUAUUUAAGUACAGUAAUUGUUGCACAUAGAGCCACUGAAAUUUUCAAUACUACUCCUGAUAUGGGACACACACAUAAAGUAUUAUGCACAUUACCUGAUGACUUGCCAUUUGAAACACUUUUGAUGGAAGCAAGCAACUUGUAUCGACAAUACCCUCCCGAAUCUAUCAGUAACGACGUCAAGGAUUAUGAUCACAAAAGGAAAAUUAAGGAGCAAGAAUGGAAGGCGUUAGCAGAAGCAAGUCGUCAAGAGAGGGAAAGACAACGAAAGUUAAAAGUUGCUCUGUCGAAACCACGAAUAUCUUAUCGUAUCAAAAGUUACAAAACUAUCACUGUUGUGACCAUUUUAGCUUUGGGAUUAUACGCUUUCAUAAAAACCUCGGGAAUCAACUGACGUUAAGAGAAAUCUUUCACUAAUCGUGAAAGUAAAAUUUUUAACAUUUUUUGUAAAGUUAAAACCUUGGCACAUCUUUGAUAUGUCACUGAGAGAAGAUUUAAAAAUGUUAAGUCAUUCAGUAAGCAAACUUUACCAAAGUAAUGGACGCGAAUGAAAUAUGUGUUGCUAGGAAUAUAAUUGAAUGGUUUGGUUAUCGAUGUUUGAGCAAAUCUGUUCCAGAAGAUGUGAGUCAGAACUUUGUGCAUUCCUAUGCUGCCUUUAUGCUGUGUUCUUUGGAGGUUGACUUGAAUUUUUUGUGGAUAUAUUUAUGUUAACCUUUACACUGCGGAGAAUUCGGACACAGAAUGCACAGUUUAUGCGAUAGACUUUUAAUACAUAGCCGAGAUUGUGUACAAAUAUACUUUUCUUAUUACAAAAAGGUCAAGAGUCUGUAGAUAUCGAAUGCGUAUCAUGAGUGAUAUUUGCUGAGUGUCCAUAGAAAUAUGUGUAUCUAUAAACGAUUUUUCUUAAACGCUUAUAGAUGCUGAUAGCAGUGAAAGGGUUAAAAAAUUAAGAGAAUCACAAAUAUAUGCAAGUUUGUAGAAAUGCAGCAAUUUUAAAUACUCAAAAAUUGCUACAAGUUCGAAUAUGAAAUUAAGGUGUUGAAUAACUUUGAAUAAGAUAUGUGAGAAAAUUUCAUAUACGUAAUAUGUGUAUAUAAGUUAAAAUUGCAUUGAUGAAAGGACUUUAUGUAUUUGUUACAAUUCCUGUGAUGAAAGGACUUUAUGUAUUUAAUUAAACCUGAAAAGAAAAAUUAGAGCAAUUAAUCAUUACAAUCGUUAAUAAAAGUGAAUUGUUUUUAA